UUUCGUGAUGUCAUCGUGGUGAGAGAUGCAAACGCCACGUAACUUUCAAUAUUCUCGUUUUGUUUAAUGCUGACACUGCACAAAAAAGGCGAAAAGAAGACAAUUUUGGUUUGAUACGAAUUAUCAUCAUUCCGAAUGUGUUAACUUCUAAAAAUCAAUCGAAUUUCGAACGGAAUACCACAUUUAAGAGAUCAAUCGAGUCAACUUUGGAUGCAAACAAGGGAUACAACAAUAAUGGACGUAUUUCAUGAUUUUUCUUCAAAAAAUCAGCCUUAAAAUGAAAGUAGAGAGAUAGCAAUUGUGUUUUUUGCAUGUUCUAGAUGUGUUCUUAAUCUUAAUAUUGAAAUUCGGUUUUCUGGGUGAAAGAGGAAUGAAAAUUCUGAAUAUAUGAGUUUAAAUGUUUACCAAGAUUUUGAAAAUAAAUUUAAUUAAACCUUAUUUCAGCAGAAAUUGAGAAAAAAACGACGGAACUAUCUUUUAAAGGCCUGAAAACCGCGCAAACGAAGAACAAAUCGGGCCGAGGAGUGAGCACGUUGCGAGACCCGUCUCUCAAAUAAAUGCAUGCGCCUUUAACAUAGAGCAACAAAUUUUAUCGGAAAAUUGCUAUUUCUUCAGCUAAAAAAGCCUGUAAGACACAAAGGAAAAAGAAAAUAACAUAUGAUUUAAGUAGGGAACAAAAAUAAACAACAUUUCUAGUUAUUGAAUAAAAACUAGCCCAGAGAAUUGAUUAAAAAGUUUAAUCGUCGCAGGACCAAAAGGAGAAAUUUAUUCAUGCACCUUUAAAGUUUAUACGGUAGCACACAUUUCAUCUUCUAAAGUUUCAAGAAGUUUUUCUUCCUGAUCGAGCUCAGAAAGAUCUUUCCAAACUUGUAAUCAAAUAUUAAUUGUUUAGCUACUCGGCGCUAUGAGACCUUAUAUUAUUAAUCAAACAGAACAAGCCCAAGCACGUUUCGGAAUAAAUAAUGAUUUCCCCGUAAACGUCAUUCUAAUGCAGCCGACAACAAGUCAUGAAACCUUCCUAGAAGGAUCCGAUUACGUCGAUUUUGAGUCGACAAGCAAGCUUCGAAACUGGCCUAUUAUUGUUGGUAAUCAAAAGUACUUUGUGGAUCCAGCAAUCUUUGCAAGAAAUUCGGAUUAUUUCCGCAUCUUGAUGGAGAACAAGUUUUUCCUUGAAGGCGCCAUAAAGCAGCUGAAUAUCCUUGAUGAGUCACCGGAAGAUAUUCUCAAGUUGAUCACUGUCAUUUCUCCCAAUUCUCUUGGUUUAUAUCCGGAUGUUAUUGAUGAACAAAACGUGUGCACAGUUCUCAGGCUAUGCGACAAAUACCUGAUGACGAAUCUGAAACAAAAUUGCGUUGAUUAUCUCAAAGACUACAAUCCGGAUUCCCGCGAACCUACCGAUAUCUUUCAUUUAUUCUACCAUUUAUGCUUCUCGCUAAACGCCGAAUACGAGCAUGAUCACAGUUUAGCUGAUGUUGCCCUAGAAGCGAUGUUUGUCUGCCUCGUGGAAUUGUUUAACUCGACAAAUGUCACCAAAUUCUACCGUUUUCUCAUAGAAUUACAACGAAAAAGCGGUGAAAAGGAUAGCGAGAAUCUGAAACGAGUUACUGACGCAGUUCUUCAUGGUGGAUCCAUAUUCAAGCAUCGUAUAUCAUUCAGCGAAGAAGUUCAAGGUCUUGGAUGCCAUCAAUGCUCGAUGCGGCCACCAGCUAGACAGUCUCGUUCUAAAAACAGAAAGUCGUUCGUCCUCUACCUCUGCAAAUCGUGCAAUCGUGAAGUUUGUGUGCAGUGCCGGCGAAGCCUGUGCUCACGGCUAUUCGAAGAUUGGAUCAACGAAUUACGCUCAUAGUACUGGCAGAUUGGAACACAAUUUUAAGCAAUAAUACCUAGUAGUAACUGUAUUUUUAAGAUGUAUUUUCAUGUAUUACUUAUAUGUACAACUAAUUGCAACAUUAAUAACUAUUUUUCACUUCUCAAACAAUUGUCCCACAUUUUUCGUGGCUCUAAGAGUGAAUCGACUGAUCAUUAAGAAUUUUGAAUGAAGGAGAUCAUUCCAAACUGAUUUGUAACAUGAUAAAUACUAUUGUUUAUGAUAGUAAAGUUUUCAUAAAAUAAAAUCGAAAAAGAAGAAUCC